CAGUUUGACAUCCUUGAAGCAGAUUCCUGUUUUGCGCCGCUCUGCGUUGUUCCUGUUCUUUUCUAUUCUGUAUUCCACAUUUCAUAUAAUCUUGAUUAUUGAGCCUGUGCUCCAACCAAAGCUGUUUAAUUGGCUGCUCUUCUAAUCCGUCUCCUUGGGUCUGAUUACUGGCACCAACUUAAUUAGGGGGUUUUCCACUUCAUUUAAAGACUAAGUGGCCUUUACCUUUUCUUUAAUAGAGUAACAAGUAGGGGCCCCUGUAUGGUCACACUGCAACUGAAUUCGUGUGAGGUGUACAGAAACGUGUCGCAGCGGUAAUGCGGUUAGAUGUGCAGCCGGCUGGUGGCUGCCCGGUUGGCCGGUGAGGUGGCACGGGUCGCCUGGUGCAGCUGCUGCGGGGUUAGGGAGAGCAGCCGCUGUGGCCACAUUAAAAACUGCAUCACUGUUUUUUGUGACAACUGUAGAUCAGCGAGCCAUCAGCUCCCCCUCUCCCUCGUUUCAGGGAUUUGUAGUCCUUAGCGUAGGGAACGCCGCCGCGUGUUGGAGGCCUUUGCGGGAGUGAAACUACAGUUCCCUCAGAGCUGCUCGGAGGUGUUAGUUGUCAAUAUGGCUGUUGUCAGACAGACAAAGCAGAGAGGCAAAUAAUUCGCCUCUGAUUAGAAAUCCUUGGAAAAGGGUCGGACAGGGCACUGUUCCCAGCUGCUUCAUUGCUCGGCUGCAGUAAACGACACCGCGCCGCUUUGCUUCCGUUACAAAGUUAAAUGGUUAAGUGGACGAUUUGAACCCGAGCAGCAGCAGCAGGAUGUCUGAGUUCAGCGAGGAGCCGCGCUUCACUAUUGAGCAGAUAGAUCUGCUGCAGCGGCUGCGUCGCACCGGCAUGACCAAGCAGGAGAUCCUGCAUGCGCUCGACACUCUGGACCGGCUGGACCGGGAGCACGGCGACAAGUUUGGCCGCCGCACCUCUUCCUCCUCCUCCUCCUCGUCCUCCUACGGCGUAGGCGGGGCCAACAGCUGCACCAACAACUCUGCCUCUAAUACUACUACUACCACGUCAUUCAACAAUAACAACACUGCCUCGGCAACCACCACCUCUUCAGCGUCAUACGCAGUUCAACAGCGCCGGGGGCUCUCGCUGUCUCCCAGCAACAGCUACGACACGUCCCCGCCUCCAGGGCCGCCGCCGCCCUCUGCCAUCCUGCCGUCCCCAGUCUCGCUGGUGGCCCUGACACAGAACGGCCGCGACAGUCUAGCUGCCACCCCCAACGGAAAACUGUCUCCGCCACGCUAUCCGGUGAACAGCGCUGCAGCGACGCGAGCGUUCGGGUUUGAAUCUACAGAGGAAGAUCUGGAUAUCGAUGAUAAGGUGGAGGAGCUGAUGAGGAGGGACAGCAGUCUGGUGAAAGAGGAGAUCAAAGCCUUCCUGGGGAACAGGAGGAUCUCUCAGGCAGUGGUGGCACAAGUUACCGGCAUCAGUCAGAGCAGGAUCUCCCAUUGGCUGCUGCAGCACGGCUCCGACCUGAGCGAGCAGAAGAAGAGGGCUUUCUACCGCUGGUACACGCUGGAGAAAACCACACCAGGUGCCACUCUGAACAUGCGACCAGCUCCGUUACCUCUGGAGGACAUGGAGUGGAGGCAAACCCCGCCCCCCCUCACCACCGCCCCCGGCACCUUCCGCCUGCGUCGGGGAAGCCGCUUCACUUGGAGAAAAGAGUGCCUGGCUGUGAUGGAGAGCUACUUCAACGACAACCAGUAUCCAGAUGAGGCCAAAAGGGAGGAGAUAGCAAACGCCUGCAAUGCUGUUAUCCAGAAACCAGGGAAGAAGCUGUCUGAUCUGGAGAGGGUCACUUCUCUGAAAGUUUACAACUGGUUUGCCAAUCGUCGCAAAGAGAUCAAGAGACGUGCCAACAUUGCCACAAUCCUGGAGAGCCACGGGAUAGACGUCCAGAGUCCAGGGGGACACUCCAACAGCGACGACAUCGACGGGAACGACUUCUCGGAGCAGGCCUGUGACCUCCCCUAUUUUGACAAAAGACCUCUCAGCCGACCUUUUGGCCUUUAUCGCCUGGAGCCCACCUCGCCCACACAGGACGACAGCGCAGCGCACAGCGAGCACCAGGACCCCAUCUCUCUGGCUGUGGAGAUGGCUGCCGUCAACCACACCAUCCUGGCCCUGUCCAGAACCGGAGGGGGGCCCAACGACAUCAAGACGGAGUCCCUGGAGGACGAAUGAACUGCACAGGACCUGGGAUGGAGGAAGGGGACGAGAGAAGGGAGUGUAAUAGAUGGAGUUGGGGGACUGAAAAGAGACCAAAGUAAUGCUACUUAGUAAAGCUUCAUCAUCUGCUCCUCAGCCAGCCCCUUACCAACUCUCCCUUCUCUCCUGGCCUCCCCCUUCCUCUUCCCUCCUCAGAGUAAUCCUUGUCAACAGUAAUUACCCCCAACCCCGCUCCACCUUACUCCAUAUAUUGACACAGCUGGCAGAAAUGGGUGACUGUACGCCCUGUGAUCUCUGUGGAAAUGAGCCACAGAAGAAAAGGCGGCUCCCGCAAACCCCUCUAAACGGCGGCUCUUGUCCGGGAGUGUGAACUCUCUCUUCCCCUCAGUACAGGAUACCUCUUCUUUCCUUACCUCGUCCUUGCUCCCCUUCUACUUCCCUCUCCAGCCUGGUCGUCUGAGCCGAUCCUCAGUCUAUCUCACCUCAACGUCAACCUCAGAAAAGUAAUGUGUACUGUAUAUAUAUUAUAUACAUGUUUUAUACAUAUAUAUGUAUAUACAUAUAUAUGUAUAUGGUUCUUAUGGUUCUCAGUCUCACUCACCUCAUGGUGUGCUACCUAUCUACCUACUUACCUGACCCUCAGAUUCACCUUAUCAUUGUGCAAUUCAUCAGAAGAGCAACCUCUGGCCUAACAUCUCGGGAAAAACGGAAGUCAGUCAGCAAAAAUGAUAUCAGAGCUGCGCUGACACUCUUCUCCUCUGUCCAUUCCUCAGUAGAAUAAAUGGCUUUCGGUUUCCUUGCAGUAGAGCUGCUAGGUUGGAUAGAAACGUAUCUGAACUUUCUGUAGUAGCCUUACGUUCACGCAGACAGACGUUGUUUUUUGCAAGCAGGUUUUCAUACAACAGGGAUGGGGACUGUGAAUCACUGCACUACGAAACAUGUUCAGCACACACUGACGAUGGCAAACGGUAUCAAGGUUUCUAUCCAGCAGCAGCAGCAGUGAUUCGAGGUUCCUUACUUGCUCUUCCUCUGGUUCUAGGCCAAACAGCAACUGGACGUAGUCAUUUCUGCUCCCUGUGACACUAUUGUUAAGUACUAAAGACUAUGAGGAUCAAGCUGCGGUCAAUGUGAUAAUCGAGCAAACUUUGUAAGCUAUCUAAUAAGACGAGUUAUGCUUUGUUUGAAACAUCAUCCAUGCCAAAGGAAAAGAGAGACGCUAAGCUAAUACUGAUCUGAAAACAGUGUUAAAGUCCAUCCAAAGUUAUUUAUACCAACUCCUUUGGCCUACGCAGGUUUAUUUCUUGACUCAGUAUAGGCAUGACACUACAGCAGGUCUGUGUCAGUAAAGGUAAGUUUUAGCAACCAGGCAUACAAUGAUAAAAUACCCUGAAGCUUUUUACUACUUCUGUGACGCUGCCUCGUUAUAAUAGUAAUGUGCUUUUUCUAAUAUCAGAGAGGUCAAAUUAGAUCAAGUCCACAGUGAAAAUGGUUACAAAUAUCAGAAACAUGUUCGAGGCUUCUUUCAUCUCUGUAGCCUCAGACAAAAACUUGCCAUUUCAAAGGGAAUCAGAGUCACCGACUACUAAAGAGGUGAUUUUUCCUUUUUUUGCCCUGAUGGAAGGAUCUCCAAAACCAUCUCUUACUGAAUAUCACUAUGUUGUGAGGUGGGUUGUUCUUAUUCAGUGCUGGGGGACUCGACUGUUUAUUUUCUGUAUUAUUUUGUUUGAAGCAGUUAUUUCUAUAUGCCAGAUAUGUCCUAGCACAAAGUGGAGCUAGAAGCUAGGUUUGCUCAGCUUAGCCACA